AUGACCAUUUCUGGAACAUACCCCGGUGACAAAGGGCUCCUAAGUGCUGAUGAGCUAAGUGACAUCAUAGAACACCUUUCUACGGAAUACCUUUCCCAACCAGAGAACCUGGUAAAAGUUAAGACGGCCCUCAGAGAAUACGAGCGAUGCAGAAGACUACUAGAGCAGCAACAAAAGGAUUUCGCUACAAUGAUUUUAGAUGUCGAGGAAAAAAGCCGGUUGUUGGAGGAAGAAGCGGCUACCAUGCGUGAGCGAUGUACGCAGGCAGAACAGGAGCUCCUGGAGCUCAAGGCGGAUGCAGCUCAUAACAGUGACCAACUCCAACAAGAACUUCAAAUGUACAAGAGCAUUGCCGAAAUGAAUACGAGCACAUCUAAUAGCGCACUGUCUACGAGAUCCCCCGUAUCGGCCUCUCUGGUGGCUUCUGCCGCUCACUCACAGCGUAUUCAAGAGCUCACUAACAACAUCUCCACUCUUGGACGUGAGCUGGAUGAGCUUUCACAACGAGCCCAGUCGGCCGAGUGUAGAGCACAUUCUGCUGCUUCCAGACUCCAGGAAGUAGAAAAAGAAGCCUUGGAAGCCCUUGAGGCUAGCUCUGAGGCAGUAGUCCGGGCUGCAACUCUGGAGAGUCACAAUCAUGAACUUAAAGCAACCCUCAUGCUCAAAGACUCUGAGAUUGCUAAGAGCAUGCAGGCAAACUCAUCUGAACUGGACAGGCUGCGCAGUGAAGCAGUGAGUCGCUCAAAAGAACUCGCAGUUCAAGCAGAACGGAUCCAGACGCUGUCGCUUCAAGUAACAAGCCUCACAAAUGAGUUAACAAUUGCCACAAAAGGGUCUGCACAGAAGCUAGAGCGCAUAGCAGCUCUUGAAAGCCGGAUAAGCUUUAUUGCAGCAGAGUUGGAUGCCAGGAACCAAAGUGUGGAGUCUUUGACGGCAGAGUUGCACGAUUUGACGAACCAAUCUUCCUCCCUACAGACAGAGCUCAACGAUGCACGGAGACAUGCGGCAGACGCCGACCUUAUGGUCUCUGUUGUGCAGAAGGAGCGCGACACUCUGUCAUUCACUCUUUCUGAAAGGGUUGAGCAGCUUACAAUAAAGAGUGCAGAGUGCGCAAAGCUGCGUGAAGAGGUGGAUCAAUUAUACACACAGGUGAAGGAGAUAGAAGACAGCCGCAGCAAAGCAGAGCUUUCUUCGUUAGCAAGCCUCUCUGAACGAGACAAGAUUGCAGAAAGGAAUGCUCAACUACAGAAUGAAUACGAUAUGCUGGCAGAACAAUACUCUUCCAGUGUCAGAGCCUAUGAGCUAGCAAACGAAAAGCUUCGUCUCAAAGAGAGUGACGAGCAAGCCAUGCUAUCAGUUCUCAAGAAGCGUAACGACCUCAUCAACGCUCUGGAUCCCAGAAUCACAUUUCCGACGGUGCUUGAGAUGCGAAGUGCUCCGGAGAUAGUACCGCAUGAAAAUGGUACAUACGUAUUCAUAGAUGUGUAUAAUUCUGAAAUCAAGGAUAUAAACACUAAAUUGGAAAGGCAACAUACUCAGAUAAAAGCCCUAGAGGCGGAGACCUGUCUCCUUUCACAGAAGUUGGAGUUCUAUCACAGCAUCAUUGAGAAGGCAGAGACUAGUGUUUCCGAUUUUGGAUUUGCCAUCAGAAAUGAGCAGCUGGAAUACUCUGAGCUGCGCAAAGAGUUGCGUUCCAUGGUCGAGCGCGUCUCCACCUAUGUUAUUCAAAAGACUAUUGGAGAAGUAGAUCCGCCAAAGGUUGCUGCUGGUCAAUCGAUACCUACUACCUCAUCCGCAGACCUGCAAAUAGACAAAGCACUGUCUUCGUCAUGGUACGACCUCACCGUAGCGGAGAUUAGUAGAGCGGCCGCCACCAGCACGCCGGCUCCAUCUAAGUUGGGGCAACAUCACUCUGAAUUGACUAAUCACGCACAUGUGCCGAUGGCUAAUGGCAUGCAACUUACUUAUGAUGUCAAUGGCAAUGAGUCUAUUUCGCGCUCUGUUUCGGCAUCUAUUUCUCCCCGAUCGAAGGACACAGUGCGCCACAGAUCUAAGAAGGGACCAAGUCCUCUUAAGACAAUUGCAACACGAGUGCAAGAGGCUAAGCCUCAACAUCCCCAGACACUCCAUUUGGAAAACACUUUUCUAAGGGCAAAACUGCGCGAAGUAAGUGAGUCCUGUAUGCAGGUAUUCACCCAAUUGAUGUCUAACCCGAGCUCCUUGUAUACAAAUGAACAGAUUGCUAAGAUGAAGGAGCAGGUUUUGAGGAUAAGCGGUUCAGCGAUGGACCACACAGAUGGAUCGUCGGAUAACGGUGUCUUCACUAGUCCACAACUGGGGACCAUUUUUGCUGAAGCUGUGGAGAGUGCAGAAAGAUCUCUCGAGCGUCCGUCACUGUUUGAUUCCAAAGACUCCCCUUCCUGUCCGGGGGGCCCAAUAAACUCCAUGGAGAUAGUCCGCGCACCCAACAGCGAGAUAGUGAAGGAGUAUAUAGUAACAUUUCCGGCAAAAGAGAGCACAGUGUAUCACAUUCAUUUCGAUAUUAUGAAGAAGCGUGAUGCAGAGGCAGUGCGAGUGAUUGCAGAUUGUUAUACAGAGCUAUUCUACACCUGUCAAUACCAGAGCUAUGCGAUUGCAAAGCUUGAGGAGCACAUACAGAGAGUCUGCAGCGAGCUAAAGCACUUCGAAGAAAGCAUGAGAAUGGCAGAGACUGUGCAGCAACAAGCUAACAGCAAGUUUCUGAUAACUGUUUGGGACCUAUUACAGACCUACCUAAAUGAGGACUCGCGGAAAAUCGAGAUGUUAGACCGACGAGUAGCUGAGAUGGAGCAGCAUACCGCACAGCUGACAUCUGACUGCACAGACAGCGUUCUUUUGCAGGAGUCUCAGCUGAUGCGGUCAGCUAUCCUCCUGGCAGUGGAUAGAAUUGCUCCGUUCAUCAUGAUCGACAAAACGGACAUCCAGGACAUUCAGCAUUCCUGGAGUCCAAACGAAAGCCCAGAGAUCAUGGAUAAGAUAGCACGCCUGGCCAUCACCCUUAAACAGCAAACGGAUGAAGUGGAGAGUGUUGACCGGGCACUAUGCGGAGUUGUGCACGCACUAAGCACCCUUCUAUCAGACGAGACAGGAAGCAUAACUGAUUUCAAACGCAUGCUGACUCAGAUCAAGAACGAGGUGCUGAAGAGUCAUUCCAGGAUCUCCAGAAGGACUGCAUAG